UUUACGGAUGUGAAAACACUCGCCCCUUGCUGCGGCCACGUUUGGCUCAAGAAGGUCCCGCUUUGCCUGAGCUCGGAAGCUGCUUCUGCAGUUCGUGCAGAUCUUGGGUCGCCUUUUCAUUCCUGCUUUGGAGAGAACUGGACUUGAGAAAGGGUCUCCAGUGGGGGGGGGGGAAUGGCCGGGGAAAACAGCGCCGAGGGAGGCGCAGGGUGCUGCUCUCCUCCUGCCGUCGGGGCGGACGCGGCGACUUCAGAGCUGAACCGCGACAAGAGGCUGGUGUGCGUGGAGUACCCAGGCGUUGUGCAAGACGUGGGCAAGACGCUGCUGACGCUGGGCGGAGAGGAAGGGGUCUCCAGGAUCUACACGGACCCCAGCCGAAGACUCGAGCUCUACUUCCGCCCCAAGGACCCCUACUGCCACCCUGUGUGUGCCAACCGCUUCCCCACCUCUUCCAUGUUGCUGAAAGUUAAAAAGAAAACCAGGAGGAAACGGACAGAAGCAGGGGAUUUCGAGGAAGAUGUCCGUUUCGAAGUAGAAGUCCUUGGCAUUGUUACCACAGUUUAUAAGUUUCAAGGGAUGUCUGAUUUCCAGUACCUGGCAGUGCACUCUGGACCAGGUGGCAAGCAGACCUCCAUGUAUGACAAAGUCCUGAUGCUCAAGCCAGAGAAAGAGGAGUUCUUCCUGAGCGACCUUCCGCUUUAUAUCCCUCCACCCAUUUUCUCACGCUUGGACACGCCUGUGGACUAUUACUAUCGACCAGAAACGCAACAUAGGGAAGGAUAUCAGAACCCCACGUUGUCCAGCGAAAACCUGAUAGGUCUCAGCCGGGCCCGUCGGCCCCACAACGCCAUCUUUAUCAACUUUGAGGAUGAGGAGAUCCCCACGAAGGCUUUGGACGCUGCAGAGCAGACCUGGAGGAAGGUUUGCAGCAAUGCAGUGGAUCACAAAGCAGAAGAGGAACUGAGGAAGCUGUUUGAGGUCCGUCCAGUCUGGUCUCGUAAUGCUGUGAAAGCCAAUAUAAGCAUCCACCCUGACAAGCUCAAGUUCCUUCUGCCUUACUUAGCUUACUACAUGCUAACUGGACCCUGGAGGAGCCUGUGGGUCCGCUUUGGUUAUGAUCCCAGGGAACACCCAGAAGCGAAGUUCUACCAGGUCCUGGAUUUCAGAAUUCGCUGCGGAAUGAAAUAUGGAUAUGCCCCUAAUGACAUGCCGGUGAAAGCUAAGCGCAGCACCUACAACUACAGCCUGCCCAUCACCGUGAAAAAACCAGCAAGCCAUGUAGUUGGCAUCCAGGACCUUAAGCAAGGACUGAGCACCUCUGGGGUGUCCAGUCCACGGAAACCUGCUUUCAGCAAGUACAAACUUAAAGAUUCGAUAUACAUCUUCCGGGAAGGUUCCCUGCCUCCUUAUCGACAGAUGUUCUAUCAGCUUUGUGAUCUGAAUGUGGAAUGCUUGCAGAAGAUCAUUCGCCGGAACGAUGGCAUGGAGAUGGUGUGUACAGAGAGGGACGGCUGGUGUCUUCCCAAGACCAGCGAUGACUUGCGGGAUUCCAUGUCUCUGAUGAUAAAGCAGAUCAUCCGCUCCAAAAGGCCUGCUCUGUUCACAAGCACUUCGAACACGGAAGAGGGCAAAGAGCAGCUGGCGUUCGAGUCCGGAGAAGAAGAGGAGGAGGAGGAAGAAGAGGAGGAGUUCAAAGAACCAUCUGAUGGGAGUGAGAAUGAAAUGGAGACAGAGAUUUUGGACUAUGUGUGAUGCACCAGAACUGGAACUGUGGACCUAUCCCUGGCGAGGACCUUGGCUUCUCUUGUCCCUACAGGCAAGACAGGAAGCCAGGCCUAAUGAGACAAGUACCCAUCCAUGUCUCUUCUUCUCAUCUUUGUUUUUUUAAAAAAUACUUUUUAAUGAUUUUCAUACAUAAUUCCUAAUACAGGCUUAUGUGUUCUUAUUCAAAGUAAAUAUCCAUACCAAAAUAAUAUCAAGAUAUAUUCAAGACUACAAUCAAUUACAAUGCCAAUAACAAUUAUUUCACAAAAUAAAAUAAAAGAAAAAAGAAAGGGGGAAAAACCCUUUCCCCCUCCCCUUUAUUAUCUUAACAUCUUUUCGUAUUGUCUUUCUCCUUUAGUUCCGCCGAACCAGACUUCCACCUUCUUUCACAUUUGGUUUUCUAUCCUCUUUUAUCUAUUACCUGCUCUUCAUCCUUCGUUUCUAUGUAUUUUCUCUUUUAUCAAAAUCUCAGUUAUGUUCCAUUGUUACAGUUGUAGAUGUUAAUUCAUGCCAAUUAGUGUUAUUCUUCUUCUCAUCUUUGGGUUCUGUUCUUUACAGACACCCAUGUUUGCCUUUUUGAUACUGAUUUGGGGGUGAAGGUUGUGAUGAGUAAGGCUGCUUAUCCUGGAGCUCUGCAGACAUGGCAAAUGUGCAAGUAAUGGGGCUGGAGGAGAUGCCUUAUCCCGAGAGGUUUUGCUAAAUAUUCCUCUAAAGAAAGCUUAGCGAACUGGUUAAUACACAAGCCUGGUAGACCUUCAUCUUGGCAUUGGUUAGCAUCUCAUUCUCCCAUAUCCUUUAGGAGAGGCAAGCCAUUGCCAUAGCCACCUUACUAAUACUAAAGUCAAACUGAAGGCAUAUGAGAACAACAGGUUGAAGACUACGCCAGAGAGUUGAGUUGAGAACAACCUUGUUUCAUGCCGUUCUUUGGAGGGAAGGUGUCUUAUUUUUAAAAAUCAUUUUAUUAGUUUUCCAAUACAAACAGCCAAUUAACAUAUUCCAAUUAAAAACAAUAAACUAAAAAAUAAGAAGAGAGUCUCCAGUGCUGGAUUUACAUAUAAGCUAAGCAAGCUAUAGCUUAGGGCCCCACUCUCUUGGGGCUCCCCAAAAAAAUUAAAGGAAAAAAACCUGGAUGUACAUUUCCAAAAUAUAAGAUAAAAAACCAAUAAAAUAAAACCUACAUACAGCAACAGUGUUUUGUGUUGUGUAGGCUCCUGUGAUGUAAGCCUGCUAGCCUGCUCCCUAAAAUAUCACUGGUUUGCUCGUUUCUAUGUAUAGGGUGCCUACAUUCUGCAUGUGCAAAUGGCUUUAGAUACCUAUUAGGUCCAUAAAUUACCAUAUAGCAUAUAUUCAACACAAAAAACAGUGACAAUUUGUUGUUGACAAAGGACAGCUGGACAUAUAAAUGGCCUCAGUAGCUUAGGGCCUCAUCAAACCUA